GGUCCCGCCCCUCCCGCUAGGACGCAGCGCACGCUGUGACGUCUGCACACCCGGCUCCUGACCUCGGCUUCUCGCUGUCUGCUCGCGCCCUCGUCCUACAGCACAGGCCUCCCGGCUCCGGCUCCGGCUCCAGUGUUGGUUGGGUGCAGGCCUGGUGUGGUCUCCAAAGCGACUGAACAAUGCAGAAAGACAGUGGCCCAUUGUAAGUGCCCUGUGCAUCGGAGUAGAAUCACUGGGAGCCUCUAAAACCAGAGCACAUGACGGGAACCUCCAGCUUGGCACUGCCCACCAGGCAGCGAUGCCUUUACAUUAUUUUGGUUUCGGCUAUGCAGCCCUGGUUGCUACCGGUGGGAUUAUUGGCUAUGCCAAAGCAGGUAGUGUGCCGUCCCUGGCUGCUGGACUCUUCUUCGGGGGCCUGGCAGGCCUGGGGGCCUACCAGCUGUCUCAGGAUCCCAGGAAUGUGUGGGUUUUCCUAGCUACAUCUGGGACCUUGGCCGGAAUUAUGGGGAUGAGAUUCUACAACUCGGGGAAAUUUAUGCCUGCAGGGUUAAUCGCAGGAGCCAGUUUGCUGAUGGUUGCCAAAGUUGGAAUUAGUCUGUUGAGUUCACCUCAUCCGUAACAGCUGUAACCCCGAGUGGGCUCGUGAAGACUUGAAGCUCUCCAGACCUCCACAUUACAAUGUUGAAGAGAUAAGUGCAGCAUAUUUACAUAGUGGGACGUUUUUUCAAAGACCCACCCUGAGCACACUGAGGCAACCAUGUGCUGUUGCUGUGGUGACCAUUCAUUCAGAGGUGGCAAGCGUCCGACUUCAGCUCACGCUGCCUUCAGGCGGCUUCGUUAUGAUGCCUCGCCUUUCUGUACUCAUAGCGGGGGUAAAAUGUUGACUGUCAACACGGGGGUGGGGGCAGAGCUGUGCGUCCUGCCCAGAAGUGUGUGAAAUCUCUUGGAGACAUUGGUGAUGUGGGAUCUUUUGCACAGGUCUGCUAUGAAAUUAUGUUACAGUGACAUUAUCAGUGAAAAUAAAGUUUUCUAUUAAGAACA